UAUAUAAAUAAGAAAAAAGUAUUAUUAUCAUGUUUUGAAGAAGAAAAAAGAAAAUAAAAUUAUUAUCAGUCUAUUUUUAGUAUUUGAAGGCAAGAGUGAUGACCAAUUAGAGAAAAGCUGCAUGAGAUUCACCAUAAUCCACUUCCCCGUCCAAGUUCAUUUUGGUUUUUGGUGUCCACAUUCUUCACGCUUCUCAUUCAUUCUCUAUACAACCACGACGAAUCCUCGCGAUGCCACUCCAACCUGUCACAAGUCCCACUUCAAUUUACAAUCUUACCCUUCACUCUUCUCCCCAAUACACCUCCACUCAGUCCAUUCACCAAUGGCACUAUGGUAAAUCCAAUAACCUUAAUCAUUGUAAAGUUCUUCACUCCAAUUACAUAAAUCCAACCUUUCGUACGUUAAUCUUGCAAUCUGUACAAUACAACAAUAACUUUAGUUUCGUUUUUCUUACUCACUCACCGCCGGGAUGUCGCCGGUGCCCGGAGCACACGCCCCUCUCCUCCCGGGAUCCAAGUCCAAGGAUGUUCCGCCGGCCACCGUGUCCGGCGCCGUGUUCAAUGUCGCCACCAGCAUAAUCGGCGCCGGAAUAAUGUCUCUUCCGGCGACUCUCAAGGUCCUCGGAGUGAUUCCGGCGUUGGUUCUGAUUCUCGUGAUUGCUUUUCUUGCAGAGCUAUCCGUGGAGUUCCUCAUGAGGUUCACACGUGCCGGCGAAACGACGACGUAUGCCGGCGUCAUGAGAGAAGCCUUUGGACCCUUGGGAGCAGUGGCAGCUCAAGUCGCUGUUGUAAUCACCAAUCUCGGGUGUUUAAUUAUGUACCUAAUUAUUAUUGCGGAUGUGUUUUCUGGGAAUCAACGUGAAGGGGAAGUACAUUUGGGUGUUUUGCAACAGUGGUUUGGGAUUCACUGGUGGAGUUCUCGGGAAUUUGCUCUGUUGGUUGUCUUGUUCUUAAUUUUGCUUCCAUUGGUCUUGUACCGUCGCGUAGAGUCGUUGAAGUUCAGUUCUGCAAUAUCAACUCUUCUUGCUGUGGCAUUUGUUACAAUAUGUACCGUGUUAGCAAUAGUUGCUAUUGUUGAAGGAAGAACACAGUCCCCUAGACUGAUUCCUUGUUUGGACCAACAUACCUCUUUUUUUGAUCUGUUUACUGCAGUGCCGGUCGUAGUCACAGCCUACACAUUUCAUUUUAAUGUGCAUCCAAUUGGGUUUGAGCUUGCCAAGCCAUCAGAAAUGGCAACAGCGGUUCGAAUAGCAUUGCUGCUUUGUUGUGUCAUUUACUUUUCAAUAGGCCUAUCUGGGUACCUCUUGUUUGGGGAUUCAACACAGUCUGAUAUUCUCGUCAAUUUUGACCAGAAUGCUGGUUCUGCACUUGGUUCAUUGCUCAAUGUUUUAGUCCGUUUAAGCUAUGCUUUUCAUGUUAUGUUGACUUUCCCUCUCCUCAACUUCUCCUUGAGAACCAACGUAGACGAAUUCUUCUUCCCUAAGAAGUCUCCUCUAGCCACAGACAGCAAGAGAUUUGUGAGUCUCACUCUAGUGCUGCUAGCCUUAAGCUACAUUGCUGCUAUUUUAGUCCCAGAUAUUUGGUACAUCUUUCAGUUCAUGGGAUCAACAUCUGCAGUGUGCCUUGCCUUUGUCUUCCCUGGUGCUAUUGUUCUAAGGGAUUCUUACGGUAUAUCAACAAGAAGGGACAAAAUUAUUGCACUGGUUAUGGUUAUACUAGCUGCGAUAACAAGUGUGAUUGCUAUCUCCACCAACAUAUACAAAGCCUUCCAGUAGCACCUCGUAAAUUUGUAUUUUCUUUUCCCUUUUCAAUUUUUCCCUAUAUUUAGAAUUUUUUAUUAGGGGAGAGGGAGACGUAGAGAGAAAAAGAGAGAAUUCUAGACGCAUUUGAUAGUUGAGGCACUUGGUGACUUGGGUUUAUACUUUCGGAUGCCAUUGUUGUUUGUUGUAAAAUUCGUAUAUCUAGAACAGACCAGCUAUGUAAAAUGUAACCAAGGAUGUGAGAUCCAAAUUUGGGGUUGAAAGUGCAUGCAUAUAAUAUGAGAUCCAAAUUUAAUGUUGAAAGGUGACAAAAUUUGGCCACCAUUAUUAUGCAAGAAACCCAAGUGCAAAUACACCGUGUGUUAACAUUUGGGUAGCUGGUACCCAUUAUUGAGAACAGAUCUUGUAGCCAUACAUACUGUGUCAACAGUACAUGUAUUCAUUUAUUGUAUGUCUUAUCAUUUGGUCCA